AUGCUUCCAUUAUGGGACUGGAAUUGUUUUUCGGGUGCAAAAAUAUACCAUUAUCUCAUCACAAGUGAUGGUGGUCAUAAUGAAGUUUGCGUCUUGCUUUUCUAUUUGUUAUCACGCUAUUUCACAUUUUCUCUCCUUCUUCCUGUUAAUCAUUUCCUUUCUCUUUCUCUCCUCCUCACGCCAUUCCUUUUUGCUCCUCUUUUCCACUUUCCUCAGUUUUCUGUCCUUCUAUUUGUCAUCAUUCUCCCCCACUUCUUCGCAUCAUCCCAUUUCUCAUUUCCUUUCCUUCUUCCUUUUUCUGUCCUUCUAUUUGUCAUCAUUCUCCCCCACUUCUUCGCAUCAUCCCAUUUCUCAUUUCCUUUCCUUUUUCCUGUUAAUCAUUUCCUUUCUCUUUCUCUCCUCCUCACGCCAUUCCUUUUUGCUCCUCUUUUUCACUUACCUCAGUUUUCUGUCCUUCUAUUUGUCAUCAUUCUCCCCCACCCUUCUUCGCAUCAUCCCAUUUCUCAUUUCCUUUUCCUUCUUCCUGUUAAUCAUUUCCUUUUCUUUUCUCUCCUCCUCACGCCAUUCCUUUUUGCUCCUCUUUUCACUUACCUCAGUUUUCUGUCCUUCUAUUUGUCAUCAUUCUCCCCCUUCUUCGCAUCAUCCCAUUCUCAUUUCCUUUCCUUCUUCCUGUUAAUCAUUUCUUUUUUUUUCUCUCCUCCUAACGCCAUUCCUUUUUGCUCCUCUUUUUCACUUUCCUCAGUUUACUGUCCUUCUAUUUGUCAUCAUUCUCCCCCACCCUUCUUCGCAUCAUCCCAUUUCUCAUUUCCUUUCCUUCUUCCUGUUAAUCAUUUCCUUUCUCUUUCUCUCCUCCUCACGCCAUUCCUUUUUGUUCCUCUUUUUCACUUUCCUCAGUUUACUGUCCUUCUAUUUGUCAUCAUUCUCCCCCUUCUUCGCAUCAUCCCAUUUCUCAUUUCCUUUCCUUCUUCCUUCCUUUUUGUUCCUCUUUUUCACUUUCCUCAGUUUUCUGUCCUUCUAUUUGUCAUCAUUCUCCCCCACCCUUCUUCGCAUCAUCCCAUUUCUCAUUUCCUUUCCUUCUUCCUGAUAACCAUUUGCUUUCAUCGCACUUUUGACGCUCACUUCCUACUUAAAAUAUUUCCGGUUUCUUUCCAUUUCCUUCCUUACUUUCUUCUGUCUUCCUUUAUCCUUUUCUUUCGUUUCUUCACACCAUUCUAUUGUUUCUUUUUUUCUUUCUUUCUCUUUUUACUCCCUUUCUUCUUUACAUCGUUCAGCAUUUCUUUUUCUUUUCUCUUUUAUAAUUCUUUUAUUUCUUUCACUUUUCUUUCUUUGUUACUCACAUCUUUUUCUCUUAUUUUCCUACUAAAUAUUAACAUUCUCCAUUCUAUCGACUUCGAUGUUGUAUUACAUAAUAUACUCUCUGUUGCGUUAUCUCUAUAUAAGCUAACCGUUGGUUCUUUUCUCUUUCUCUCCUACAUUUGCUGCUUCCUACUCUCAACUCCUAAUCACUUUACUUGUCCCUUUCCAAUGUUUCCAUUCACCUUAUCUCUUAGGAAUUAUUUCUUCCUCCUCAUGCCAUACAGCUGUUCUUUUAUUUCUCAAUUAAUCCUUAUUUUCCCGCCUUCGCUUUUGUAA